CGAAAUGCCGGUAAAAAGUCAGUAGUUUUUGCAUUCUAAAGCCGUGUCAACAUGUCGCGUAUCGUUCUCCCCCUCGUCCUGUGCCUGGCAAUGGCCGUGCAGGCCGAUUUCCCCAAUGAUCCGAAGCCGUGCAAAUACGGAGACACAGAAUGUUUUGUGAAGUUUUGCAACAGGCUAAUAACGGAGAAGGCAACCGAAGGGGAUGACAGCCUGAACCUGGUCCAGCUGGAUCCUUUGGCGGUGGAUAGGAUGGUCCUCAAGCAGGGCGACGAUAGGAGCCCAGUGAGGAUAGAUCUUACGUUUACGAACAACAAACUGUUUGGCAAUAAGUAUCUGCGCUUCAAAAAGAUCAGAGGAUUCGGCAAGGAAAUCGCCACGAAACACGAAAUGAUAAUGACCUCUAAGGUGUACUCCCUGGUGGGUGAAUACUCCAUCAAGGGCCAGGUCCUGGUCCUGCCUAUAAGCGGCUCCGGCCACAGCAACAUGACGUUGAUUGGAACGGAUUUGAAAGUCACUUUCACCGGCAAGCCGGUGGAAAAGAAUGGAGAGAUUUACAUGGAAGCCACCGAUUUGCAGUAUUACUUGAAACCAAAGAGCCAACACUAUCACUUUAGCAAUCUCUUUAACGGUGACAAGAUCCUGGGCGACACAAUGAACACAUUCCUAAACGAGAACGGGGCCGCCAUCUUUAGUGAGACGAAGGAGACAAUCGAGAAAGCUUUUGCCGCGUUAUACCAGCCCCUGAUCACAAGAGUUUUCUCCAAGUAUCCAUAUGCCAAGUAUUUUGCCGCGGAAGAGAGUAGCUAAUGCUUUAAUAUCCAUAGAAAUAAACUUUGCCCUAGUUCGAUUUUAGAUGUCCGAAAUAACACGCAUACUUUGCAAUCAUCAUUAGAUUAAAUGAGUGCUGUAAAUCAGAGUCAUUAAGAUGUUAGAAUAAGUGGAGAACCUAUUCCCAAAGGUUGAUCAUGCAUAUAAUCCAAGCAUUCCGACUCCAGCCUGAAAGUAUGUGGUGCAAGGCUUCUGACAUAGACAUCUUGACCUACAAGGAAAUAUUGCAUGUACUUUAAUUGCUAGUAUGAUGACCCUACGGUCAGAAAAUGUUGCCUGUUAACAAGUUGUCAGCCUCUUAAUUCAUUAAAUGCAAUUAAAGUACACACUUGAUCAUAAUAAUAGGUACACACAUCUACGUAAACUUUAACAUAACAGAAAACGGUUUUAUGCAAUAUAUUAAACUUAAAAUUAGUUCUCAAUUAUUCCUUAAGUAUCUGUUUUCAAUCAAAUAAACUUGAUUAUAUUAUAAGAUAA